AUGGAGCCGCUCCCGUCCCGGAAGCGCCGGGAGGGGCAGCAUGACGGAGUGGGAGAGCGGCCCAGCAAGCGGCGAAGGCUCUCGGAGGCCUCGAUCCUCUGCAUGCGUGAGCUCUUCCGCACCGUGGUCAACGACGGCGACAUCUCCGAGGACAAGCGCAUCCUGCUGCAGAAUGCUGGAGUCCUGCUGUCACAGGUGGAUGGGAAGACUUGGGUCUCCUUCCCAGAUACCCAAGGAGAGCUUCAGGAGCUCUCGCCCCAACAGCUGCGACAGUUGAGACCUUUCCUCGAUCAGGUGGCCGAGGAACUGAAGACGCAGGAGGUUCAACUCUUAUCUGAGAGCAGUGCAGGCUCUGAGACCUUCGACUGCCUAGAGCUGGAGCGUGUGCCGUGGGCUGAUGGGAUUACGGCACGAGAGCUCUUGGCCUGCUGCAGCCCUGACGAGGCGCUUCACUUCCAGACCCACUGGCUGGAGGUGCUGAUCCGCAUCCUGCCAUCCAAGUACAUGCUGAAGUCCCGAGUCAAAGAACUGGUGAACUUCUACUACGUCCAAGGCUUCAGGCCGCAGGCUACCACGCCGACCCGCGCGCCGCGCCCUAUGACAUCCACGCGCCACGUGCGUGUUCUGCGGCGUGGCGUCCACGUGCUGCUUCGGCACGUGCAGACGGCCGUGCAGAUUGGCCGGGAGCUCAGGGAGCAGACAGGACAGCUUUGCAAUAUUGACUCAGUGUUGGCUCCAGAGCUUUCAAUGGAUCGUUUGAUGUACUGUAGUACUGCAGUAGGCAAGCAUAUGGCUGGAAAGGUCUCAGAGCUCAAGGAGCGCCUGGCCGUGGCACUGGGCAGCGGCGCCGCCGCGCUCAGCCUCACGACGGAGUCGGAGGGACUCAGGGAAUUGGACGAUGGAGAGCGCUUGGGCAGCUUGGGCCAGACACUCAGCUUCACCUUGGUGGUGAAGAACGUGCCGCCCAUCGACUGGACGGAACCAGAUGGUGCUUCAGCACAGAUCGCUUCGGUGCGGGUGGACUGCGACCAUCCAGUGGAGGGGUUCCCUUUGUUGGUCUCCCUGGCUGAGAGCCCGGCCACCUUGCUCCGGCGCGCGGCGCCGGAGAGUUCGGGCGAUUCCUUGCACGAUGCGCUGCGCGUGCGGUGGGGAGACUACCUCUUCGACGGCGAGGUGCCCGUCCGCAGCUUCUUGGCGGAGCUGUGCGCCGCUCAGCGGGUCGGGCCCAUCGAGGGCACGGUAGCAGUGCUACGCAUCGAGUCCAACCCAUGCCGCUUGCCGGCCUCCUCCAUCCUCUACGGACUGUCCCCGCGCGGGGCGCAGCUCUAUGGCAGCCACACCGUGGCCUUUCCACGCCCCGGCGGCUUUUGGGGCUUCAUCCGUUUAGGCGAUGAUGGCCGCUGUGGCAUGCGCAUGAUGUUCCACCCGACCUGCGGCAACUCGACGCCUUCGGGCCGCUACCUCUUGGAAUAUCUGGGGCAGAUCCACGAACGCUCGACGCUGGCGCCCGAUUCGCUCAUCUUCAACUUCGCCAGGCAAUUUCUAUUAUUGGGCCUGGCGCAUGGUUUCUCAGAACCCUUACAAUCGCUGAGCGAGGACGAGGAGGCCGAAUUGUUCACUGAAGUGACGCUGGAACUGAUCUACCUCACUGCUGGGCGGAUUGUUUUGCAUCAGCAUGCGCCGGAUGUUCCGGUGGAGCAGCACACGGUUCCGCAUUGGACGCUGAUCCUGGCGAAGCUAAAGUCCCUGAACGUCAUCAUGCUCCUGUCCCAGGAACUGCUCCAGCAAACGGGACAAUUGGAGCACUUUGCCGUGCCUGCCUGCCUGAAUUGCAUGGGUCUGGCCCAGGUCUUCAUUGAGGUGCAGACAUGUGCCCACUUAACGCGAGUGCCUCAACGCUACAACCCCACCUGGCUGGAGCGGUGUGCCAGUGAAGACAUGUGGUCAGACGUGGUCACGAAGAGUGCUCGGAGCUUUCCGGACUUCCGUGGUGCUUUCCUGGCGAGGAGGGAAAAGGACGAGACGAGGUCGGGCCGUGGCUGGAAAUAUCAGCAGGGUGGUGGCCCAACUGGUGGUGUUGAUGGCCGCCUGGAGCACCGGCCUCUUCAGAUGCGCUUGAUGCCCUUCAGCGAGACUCCCGCGUGGCCCUUGGCAAGGCUCUUCUUCGCUGUUCUCCUGCAAGGGCAAAUCAAGAAGUUCUUGGAGCUCAUUGUCCUUAUCGCACGCUUGCGUGUGAUCUUGUGCCUCGCGCGCUCCAGCCACUUUUUUGGAUUUCUGUUCUUCCCCUUUGUCCUCAUCGCGCAGAAAGUGCUCGGGUGGAACGAGGGCAGUUGGCUCUUGGGCUGUUCUUGCGAUGCUUCUGGCCGGACCAGCUUGCUCUCCAUGGGUCCGGUGCGGGCAGCAGAAGGACUCAUGAGCUGCUUCAAGGCUGUGCGACUUCUUCCAACCCUCCCGGGCUUGGCCUUCCUGGCCACCGUGGUCGAUCCCUUCGUCGAGGCCUUGCUGUGGGUCCAGCCUGCGGUGGUCUUCCUUAGCGACCUCAUCUUCUCGGUCGGCUUUGCCGAGGGCUUGGCGAUGAUCGUUCGCAGCGUCGACCGGAGCGCCCACCACAAGCUGGUGUGGAUGUCCAUGAACGUGGGCCGCAUGCUACGGGAGGGCCCGAAAAGCUCCAGAGAGGGCCCCAUCAGCUUGCCCGAUGAGCCUAGACAGGUGGACAGCCCUCAACCGCUACCAGAAUGGCGGGAGGAUGGCACCUGGAACUUAUUCGAUGGCUGA